AUGCCAAUGAUUGUGCGCACCGUCAGGAUGGCAUUUGCUGGAACAAAAGUUAGUUUGUCCCAGCCGGAUAUAAUGCAAAAACUGACGGAGCGCAUAGACGACCUGAAGCAGAGAAUUGCUGCUUGGGAAAAGUGGAUUCAGCGAUAUACCGAGAGGUCGACACGGUUCAACCAGAAUCGUCUCUUCCAGAGUGAUCAGAAAAGGCUCUAUAAAUCAUUGGAGCGACCAAUGAUAAAUCAAAAUCUGUUGAUGAUCAGCGAGAAGGAUCAAAGGAUAGGGACUGUUCAUUUUAUGAGAAAGAAUUGUAAAAUAAUGGCUCCACAUACGGGUUCGGCUACUCCUGAACAAAUUGAUGCACUCCUCAAUUUCCUGGACGAGCAUAGGGAUCUUGCUUGCGGGAGAUUGAGGAGUCUAGAAGGAAAAGUCCAGGCGAAGAGGCUGUGGGAUGAAUUGUGCAAUACGCUCAAUUCAGCAGUGGCAUUCAAGCAUUCAAGCAGUGGCAAAAGGUAUGGUUUGAUAGAAAACAUCUGGCCAAAAAAAGCCGCUGCUGAUUCCCGGAGGUCGGCUUCAAUGACUGGAGGUGGUCCAUCGGUGGCACCCCAACUCUCCCAUUCGGAAUUAAAAGUCUUAUCCAUAAUGGGAGAUGGGUUCGGUGACCGCCAAAUUGGAGCCAGAGUGCCAGCUUUCACUGAAACCAUCAACCUACAGUCAAGGAAGCCAACUGCAGCAGUAGAGCCUGGACUUGCACGUAGAAGUUGA